GGAAAAGGAGAGAGGACGAACAAACCAGGGAGUUGGGGGUAAAGUCUUAGACAAGGUGCAGUCGAGUGUGGAUAAUGGCAUGAUGAUGAAAAGCUUUGCCGAGAUCAAUCCUGCUGCCAAUACUCUUGGCACAUCACCUCCUCCAACAGAACCUAAGGCUGAGGCACUCGAGCAACCAGACCUCUACAAGAUAGAGGUGAUCUCUGUGACGGAGGAAGACCUCCCCACUGUCGAGACCCCCAACACUCUGAAUGUCAGUCCGCUGGGCAGCUUUGCCACUGAUCCACAAUCAGAGAAAUAUCCAGCCAACCCUGCAGAACACCAGCCUCCGACUGCACCCAGCCCAACAAUGCCGAUCACCAAGGUGCAGCCAUUUAUCCACGAAGAUGACUUGGCAGAAGGCUGGAAGAACAGAGUGCUGGCCCACCGCUUGGAACUGCUCAUCACUUCAUGCAUCAUUGUUGUGAUCACUCUCACUCUCGGCAUUGGUCUUGGAGUCGGUCUGAGCUGUGUGGGGAAGUUUCGUUGUGGCUCAUCAUCUCAGUGCAUCAGCACUUUGGCUCAGUGUGAUGGAGUGGUGCACUGUGACAAUGAGGAGGACGAGCUCGGUUGCGUGCGUCUGAGUGGUAGAAGUUCAGUCUUGCAGGUUCAAAGAAAGGGAGAAUGGAAGACGGUUUGCUCAGAAGACUGGAACAACUGGUUGGGCAUCUCUGCCUGCAAGCAGCUGGGAUACUCCAGAUAUGUGGAGUCCUUCUUCAUCUCCCUGACAUCUAUUGAGCAGGACCUUCAGACCACCCUGGUGUCCAUCAACCAAAGCCAGUCACAGGUCAUUAAGCUCCAGAAUGCCGCAACCUUCAGUAAGACUCAGUGCAGCUCAGGGUUGGUGACCACUCUGAAAUGUUUGGAGUGUGGAUCUAGGCCACAGUACAACGCUCGUAUUGUUGGAGGUAACAUCUCCAAACCUGGUCAGUUCCCCUGGCAGGUCAGCCUCCACUACAAGAGCGAACACCUAUGUGGUGGCUCCAUCAUAACAUCCCGCUGGAUCCUCACUGCAGCACACUGUGUGUAUGGGUUUGAAGAUUCCUCACUGUGGGCUGUCCAUGUGGGACUGACAGAGCAGCUGAUCCAUGGAGCCCAAUCUCUGACUGUGGAAAGUAUCAUACACCAUGCUCGCUACCGGCCCAGAGGACUGAAUUACGACAUUGCACUGAUGAAGCUGGCCAGGCCACUUGUUUUUAAUGGUCUUGUGCAGCCCAUCUGCCUUCCCAACUAUGGAGAGGAGUUUAUGGAGGGCACCAUGUGCUGGAUCUCUGGCUGGGGAGCAACAGAGGAAGAUGGAGAGACCAGUGUGGUUCUGCGCUCAGCCAUGGUUCCACUCAUCUCCACCAAGACCUGUAACCAACCAGAAGUUUACAAGGGCUUAAUCUCCUCCUUGAUGAUCUGUGCAGGAUACCUGGAGGGAGGAAUCGAUUCCUGUCAGGGGGACAGCGGAGGUCCUCUGGCCUGUGAGGACUUGUCUGUAUGGAAGUUGGUGGGAGCGACCAGCUGGGGAAGUGGCUGUGCCUUGAGGAACAAGCCAGGAGUUUACACUCGCAUCACAAAGUCACUCAGUUGGAUCCACAAACAUAUGGAGAAAGAAGAGGCGCGCAGUACACCUGAUCUGAGCAAAGACAACUGAAUCACGAAGUUACUUCUAAAAAAUAAAACAAAAUAAAAAGAUACCUAUAGAGACAAACUGAAGUACUACCCAAGAGUACAAUCCUGUUUGGAGAUAAGAUAAGAUAAAGUUCUUUAUUUCUCCCCACGCCA